CUUCCGGUCUAUUCGUCAGCCAGAAAGGAAAAUGGCGGCCUUUGGACGUUUCUCUCAAGUGUUGCUGAGGUCUUCUUUGACCCAAACCCGGCGUCAGCUCUCUGCCGCUGCCGGACACGGCGAGCAGUCAGGGAAGACCUGGAAGAUCCUCACCUUCGUGGUUGCCCUUCCAGGUGUUGGAGUUUGCAUGUUGAACACAUUCUUGAAGGAGCAGCACCACAGCCAUGAGCAACCAGAGUUUGUCCCCUACACCCAUCUCCGCAUUCGCAGCAAGCGUUUCCCCUGGGGUGAUGGCAACAAAAGUCUUUUCCACAACCCACAUGUGAAUCCUCUUCCUGAUGGCUAUGAGGGACAUGAGUAAAAAACAAACCUCCAGAUGUCACAGAUGGGAUCAGUCCUUGUUAAGCAGUUGUUAUUGGACCACACUCCUAUUCACAGUUUACUCUUUUC